CGCCGCCGCGCCUCGUAGCCCCGCGGCGAUGCUGCUCUGCCCCGAUUCGACCGUCUGGCGGCCGCCCAAGUGGGCGUUUGCUCCUCUCCUCCUGCUGCUGGCAGAGCUGGGCUGCAGCUCCCCACCCACGUACCAGUGGAGAGAUGCUGGGACCAAGGAGAAGGUCACCUGCCAGCAGUGCCCGCCGGGGACAUUCGUGGCACAGCACUGCAGCAGGGACAGCCCGACGGUGUGCUCGCCCUGCCCCGACCUGCACUACACGCACUACUGGAACUACCUGGAGAAAUGCCUCUACUGCAACGUCAUCUGCGGGGAGCGGCAGGUGGAGGUGCAGCAGUGCAACGCCACCCACAACAGAGCGUGUCAGUGCCAGGAGGGCUUCUAUGCUGAGCUGGAGUUCUGUGUGCAGCACUCCGUGUGCCCGCCGGGUUCCGGAGUCGUGAAGUUGGGUUCCCCCUUUGAGAACACGCAGUGCCACACCUGCCCGCGGGGCUCCUUUUCCUCUUCCAGCUCCAGCACUGAGCCGUGCCGGGCGCACCAGAACUGCACACAGCUGGGAAAGGAGACCAACGUGCCAGGAAACCAAUACCACGACACCCUGUGCACCUCCUGCAGGAUGGGGGGCAGCAACAGCACGCGGGGACCAGCUCCAGAGGAUGAGGACUGUGAGCAAGCUUUGAUCGACUUUGUGGCGUACCAAAACAUCCCCCUGCGGAAGCUGAAGCGCUUGCAGCAGAUCCUGGAGCGCACGCCCAGGAAGCAGGCCCAGGAGACCAAGGCAGUGGCUCAGGAGAAGCUGCGGGCUGUGCUCACACACCGCAAGCAGGAGAACUCAGCCGUCAUCACGGAGCUGCUGGCUGCGCUCCGGGCCACCAAGCUGACCUCCAUAGAGAAGAAGAAGCCAGUUUCCCUCACGAGAGCCCCAUAGAAACUCCAACCUCACACCGGCCUUCCCUAUCACCCAAUGUGGGGUUUGAGAAGCUUCCUGAAAGCACAAAGGCUUAAAGAGUAAAUGAGAGGUGAUGCAGCAGCUGUGAUCUGUUCCUAGCCUGGGCUGCUCGGACAAACGGGAACUGAGGGGCCCUGCACACCAGGUAAGAAUCAUAGAAAACUGUGAAGGUUGAAAAAGAGCUCUAAGAUCCCCCAGUCUGUCCCACCCCACCAUGCCCAUGUUCCUCAUUGCCACAUCUCCAUGGCUCUGAAACACCUCCAGGGAUGGUGACCCCACAAGAAUAAAACAGCUCGGUCUGUCGCUGUCAGUCCUUCAGCAACCCCAUGUGUUCCCAGUGUUGCUGAAGGGCCCCCUUGGGGCACAGGGCAGGUGGGGGUUGCUCCACCUCUCCGUCCACCUGGGUGCCAAAGGUCCCAUCUCUCCCCACUGGAAAAUGUGAUGAGCUUUCCAGGUUCCACGUUUUGAAGGGGAUCUCUGCAGGAUCCCCAAAAAAGGAAAUUAUUGUUGCUAGCUGCUGUGUAUGGCAAGAACAGGUGAAUAUCCUCCAACCACACGCGUCUCUCUAUGUAGAUUCAUUGACUUGUUUGCAAGAAUUGAAGUGGGUGUAGGCAGGACCGUUGUCCUUCAUAGCUGAGCUUGCUUUUGCUCUGAGAAGCCUAAGAGGUCACUUAGAGGAAUUUGUGCAGCAAACUGGGUCACGUCUGAAGCAGAUUUCUUCACGUGUUCAGCCAUCCUUUGGUUCUCCUGAGUUUCCAGCCUGUCGUAACACCCAGGUCUCAUUCUGAGCACCGCCUCCUCUUAGCUUGAGAAAAUACUGAAUAUGUUGGUAAGCUUUGGUGCCUUUCAGCUUACAACAGUUUUCUGGGAAACAAGGUCAAGAAGCUCAGAAUGGCUGCAGCUACAAUUUCCUUGCACAGCACUCUCUGCUGAGAACAACAAGCACUUCAUACACCAUCCCAAAACAGGGUCUUCUCAAAGCAAUUAGCCUUGGAAAACACUUUUAUUUUCCAUCUUACACAAUGGAGGCUCGCACAGCCUGCUGCCCCCAAAGUGGCUGAGCAAUGUUAGAAGUCAGAGCCCUGGCCUCACGGGGUGCCAUUGCUGGGCAGGUUCCCAAUGGCAUUCUGUGCCAGCCCUGAUCCUCAGCUGAUGCUUUCCCAGCAGUGCUGGACACAGCACAGCUGUGCCACGACUUAGCUUCAAUGCAGAGAACGUGGAGUGGGGAGGUUUGGUCAUUUUUCUAUGGAAUUAGGAGGGAAGGAUGACUUCCCAAACACAUGGGGUCAGCAGGGAUGUGCGCUGGGGGGCUGCUGCUCUCAGCUGUGUGGGGUUGAAGGGCGUCCUCAGCUCCGUGUGCAAGGGGUCAGAUGAAGGCUUGCAGAGAUCGCAUCAGUCUCACAGGCAGAUUUUCCGAUGCUGGUUUCUAUUUGUGUCUCUGCACUUCCUUCCUCGUCGCUGGAACUUGGUAGGUGAGUUAUCAGAGUUUGCUCAGCCUUCCCAGAAGCAGCACAAGGAAUAUUUAGCUGGGAAACGCAAAGAUAAGGAGUGUGCAUUCCUCACUUCGCGGCUCAGCCUCAAAGGAAAAAUCAGAUCUGGCAAGAUAAAAAGCAAAUUCUUUCCCCCCAGUUUUGCCUGUUGGGUGCUGAUAAUGACAUCAUGCAGAAACAACCAGGCCAGUGAUUCAGCACCUCUGGUUUACAGCCAUUCCAUAUCCUCUGGUACAGCAACUAUACUCGGGAGGCAUUUAUUAGGUCUUGCACAGUGUGGCACACAGUGCCUUGUGAUUCUGCCUCUUCUCAUGGCGCAAAGAGGAGCUGUCAGAACUCCUGCUAUGCUGACAGUGUGGGUACAGCCUUGCAGAGGAUGAGGCUGCUUGGGGGCAGCUGCUUUCUCUUCUUUUCCCCCUUCAUGGGUGAUCUCUCCCUGUGCUUUCACCUGCAGUGCGAAGGCUUUGCUGCUGAACUGUGCUCUUCAGUGCAGGUGGGGAUUAAACACAGCCUCAGGCAGAAGAUCUGAAGAUGAGCCUUGUUUGGUGUCUGUUCCCCAGCUAUCAGAGCACGCCUGGGUAGGUGGUGGGAUUUGGUCACUAGAUCUACACACCCUGAACACCGAGUGAAAGGCACUCAUUCGGAUGUUAUUGCUUACAUGUGCAGUGAGGAAGUGCUCUUUGUAACACUUACUGCUGAGAACAAAGAGUUCCUCUCGCCUCUAUGGGACUCGCUCCUCUGUAGAGAGUGACUCAAACAUGUGCUGCCUAAGGGCAUCUGCAGAAAAGCUGGAGCCAGGUUGUUUGGUUUCUGAGGCUGUAUAGCAGCUCUUGGCUGGGAGCUGAACUGGAACACAAACUCUGCAGGUUUCUGUUUCAGGAAAACAAGAUCCAAAUAAUUUUACAGUUUGUCUUUAAAGCAGCGCUUAUGGUAUAUAGGAAACAAAGAUUUCUAGAAGUUGCAGUGGAACUGACUUUAAUUAGUGCCUGUAAACAAAAGGAGGGCUGUAAGGAUAAGCAGGAGAGCACCUCUCCUAUGGAGGCAGGCUGAGAGCUGGGGCUGCACUGCAUGGAGAAGGGUCUGGGGAGACCUCACCGUGGCCUUCCAUUGCAUAAAGGGGGCUAUAGGGAAGCUGUGGGGUGAUGCUACCAGUGAGUGUGGGAAUCGGGUCAGAGAGGGGAGCUUUAAGCUAAAAGUGGAGAGAUGCAGGGUUAGGUGUUCAGGGAAAUUCUUUUACUCCGAGGCUUCCCAAAGGAGCAGUGGGUGCCCUACCCCAGCAGGUGCUUAAGGUUGGGUUGGAUGGAGAUUUGGGAAUCUGGUGUGGGGUUUGGAAGAAGAUGGUCCUUAAGGUCCCCUCCAACCCAAACCACUCUGUGAUGCUACAAAACACUGAGCCUGGCAUCCACCUGGCUGAAGGACGCCUAGUCCAAAGGAUGAAGCUUUUACCACGUGCUUUUGUGCUUGUUGGAGCUGGCAGCCACCUCCGUGCCCUGGCAGAGCUUUGCAGAGCCCACCUUGCUGCCUGCUUGUGCCUGAAGGAGAUCAGAUAGAAAGCAAUUCUUACAGUGAGGAACGAGGGCUUAAGCGUUGGAAUCCUCCAUGGUGCAACGCUCACUCUCAUCACAGCUGCACCGGUAGCACAGGACUGGAUGGAAGAAGUGCAAGCAGUGUUUGUGAGUGGCUUUGCAGAGACACUGCCACCUACAGCUGUGCACAGAAAGGAGGCAUUGCUCAUGAGCAGGGUGUGAGUGCACUUCCCCCGUAUUCUGCUGGCCCUGGCUUUGUUUCAUGGAAGGGAUCUUUCACCCCCUGAGUUCUUAACCGAAUUCAUCUGCUGCCUCAUGGUGACGACUGCUGCUUCGUACCCUAUGGCAACGAGUGGGAGACAAGGCUGCGAAGGCAGCAGUUUGCACUGCCCUCCUGAUGUCCUUGGAAAAAGGAUGUGGACAAUGUGGUCUUAAUCUAGAACCAGAAGCCUUCAGCUUUAAGGAAAGAUGGUGCCUCUGAGUGGGAAUGAGGAGGUUCCCUCCCAGCUACAGCAAGUGAUGUUGUGUUUAAAUAUAAAUGUCAGGCACGAUUCCUCAGCUGAGCUGUUGGUCAUUGCAGGGCUCUGUGCUCCUUGUUCCUCUUGCUUAGAAUCUGAU